GCGCUGGUGGCGGCAGCAGCUACAGGGAAGACCUGGGUCCUGCUUGUCCUCCUCCUCCUCCUCUUUUUUUUUUUUUCCCUUCCCUGUCCUUCCUCCUCCUUCCUCCCCCUCUUCCCUCCCCUUCCCUCGCGACUGCCGGAGCCAGAGAAAACUCCCGUGCAAAAGCCCGGCCAUCACCGCCCAACCGCCGGUGCUCGGGCUGGAAAGUUGCCGCAGACUCCGGGUGCUCUGCUACAGCGGGGGGAAGGCUCCGGACUUACAAAAACCCAGACGGGGAGAGGGGCCACGGGCUGCUUAGACGUUUUGCACCGUUCUUCUUCCUGCACAAAGCUGAAGGCAGCAUCUUUGUAUUGUUUUGCUUUUGCCCUUCCUGCUCCUUUCUCCUUGUGACCGGGUGUCGAUAAGUGCCAGGAGCUGCUGCAGCCGGCGGUGCGCUGCAAACGCCGAUACAAAAAAAAAGGCAAGGAGACAUCCAGGCGGCCCCCGGGUGCCGGCUCGUCGUUGUCUUUGGUUGCUUUGGACUGACGAAGUCUCAGAAGCCGGCAGAAGGAGAAGGCGGUGGAGGGGGGAGCCGAGGAAGCAAAGCUAAAGUUGAUUUGGAAUAAGAGAGCACGGCCAACCCUCUGCCAGGCUGAGCGCUGGAGUGAGGUCUCCAGCCCCCUCCACCGGGAGAGGUGCCCGCAAGACAACGAUGGCCGGAGAGCUCAGCAUCGGAGCCGAGCUGCCCACUAGCCCCCUGGCCAUGGAGUACGUCAACGACUUCGACCUGAUGAAGUUCGACGUGAAGAAGGAGCCCUUGGGCAGGAACGACCGUUCGGGCAGGCACUGCACCCGCCUGCAGCCUGCCGGCUCCGUCUCCUCCACUCCCAUCAGCACUCCCUGCAGCUCCGUGCCCUCCUCUCCCAGUUUCAGCCCCACCGAGCAGAAGACCCACUUGGAGGACCUGUAUUGGAUGGCAAACAGCUACCAGCAGAUGAACCCCGAGGCGCUGAACCUCACCCCGGAGGACGCUGUUGAAGCCCUCAUUGGGUCCCACCAGGUAUCCCAGCAGCUGCAAGGCUUUGAAGGCUUCCGGGCCCACCACCACCACCAUCAUCACCAUCACCAACACCAUCACCAGUACCCCGCGGUCACUCAUGAAGACCUGGCCGGCAGCGGGCACCCUCACCACCACCAUCACCAUCAUCACCAGGCCUCACCCACUCCCUCCACCUCCUCCAGCUCCUCCCAGCAGCUCCAGAACUCGCACCAGCAGCAUCCCCCCUCCAGCAGCGUGGAGGACCGGUUCUCGGAUGACCAGCUGGUCUCCAUGUCCGUGAGGGAGCUCAACAGGCACCUCCGAGGCUUCACCAAAGAUGAGGUGAUCCGCCUCAAGCAGAAGAGGAGGACCUUGAAGAACAGGGGCUAUGCCCAGUCCUGCAGGUAUAAACGUGUCCAGCAGAAACAUCACCUAGAGAAUGAAAAGACCCAGCUCAUUCAGCAGGUGGAACAGCUCAAGCAAGAAGUGACCCGGCUCGCCAGAGAGAGAGACGCCUACAAGCUCAAGUGUGAGAAACUUGCCAGCAAUGGCUUCAGAGAGGCCGGCUCCACCAGUGACAACCCAUCUUCCCCCGAGUUCUUCAUGUGAGUGCUUAACAAAAAUAAUUAAAAAUAACCCAACCCAAACAAAAAAACAAAGAAACCCCACCCCCAAACCUGACCCCCGUCACCUUUCUCCCCUACCCCAUCCUCCUCUGACAUCUCCAUCCGUCUGCUUGACUAGAGAGAAAGAAGGAGAGAAAAAUAGAGACUUGAUUUUACUACUUUUGUUCUUUUUUUUCCAGCAUCCAGUCUUCUAGAGUAGCUGUGGGAAAAAGUAGGCUGGGGGUGGGGAUGGGAGAGGUAAAGUGCAACUUUUUGGCUUUUGUUUGCAAGUUAGGGAGAGGGACAGAGACAGAGGCAAAGAAGGACAAGUAAAGCAUUUUAUGGCUUGCUUGCUUGCAGAAUGAGAUGGACUUUUAGAGAAUAACAAUAAAAGACAAUGAACAAGCCAUCUAUAGCAUACUGCCUGUUCAGAGAGAUAGAGAGGACAUGCACAGCACCAUCUCAUGCACAAUUUACCUGCUUGGAAAAAAAACUCAACCCUAAAUCAAGAGGACAAUAUAUGCAAAGUCUUCAUAUAUUGCCUGCUUUGAGAAAUGAUUUACAGGACUCAGAUGGGACAUUCAAUCUCAGAAAGAAAAGAAAGAAUGAAAAAGAAAGAAAGAAAAAAACUCAUCAGUUUUAUUGCCUGCUUGAUUAUAUAGAAAAAUACGAAAAUCUGCAUUAAAAAUAUUAAUCCUGCAUGCUGGACAUGUAUGGUAAUAAUUUCUAUUUUGUACCAUUUUCUUGUUUAACUAUAGCAUGUUGAUCAUUGACCAUAGAUUUCUGUUGUUGUUUUGUUUCAUGGAUAAGGAAAGCAUCACGAGUUAUCAAACUUUUUUACUGCUUGUGCAGUUUUGUUCGUUGGUUUCACUCUAUUUUUCUUUGAUGGUUGUUAGCUUGUAAAUAUCUGCUACUUCAAACCGCACAGGAGAGAAAAAAAAAGACAGCACACCCCACACUCACACAAAGAGAAAAUAACAUUUCAGCAGGCUGGUUGUAUGGUUUGUUUGGUAUUAAAGAGAUACUUAAGGAGGAAAAAAAAAGUUAUGGGCAUUUUGCAUUAGAAAAAAAGAAAACAACUUUGUGUAUCUGGUGCACUUUUGAGUUUGUUUGGUGGUUUGUUUUUUUUUUUUGUUGUUGUUGGGUUUUCUGUUUGGUUUUUAGUUUUGUUUGUUUAGUUUUCAUUUUGGUUGUUGUUUGUUGGGGCAGAAGCAAACCAGCCUGUAUGGCAUUGGCAAAGCUGAAGAGGGAUAACUCUCACCGGUCACUAGAGUCUACUCCACGCUUUAAAGUGGCAGAGAGGCUCUUCCCUUUAGGACACUUCCCAGCCUGGAGGGGUGAGGCAGGGCCAUAAAGUUUCCCUUCUGAUCAUACACUCAGGAAGCGAAGGACGAGAUACUAAUUCCUUUUUAAGAAACAACUGCCCCUUGAUUUUUGGGUAGAUAAAGACAAAAAAACCCCUAAACCCAGCUGAUUCCGAGUCCGGCUGAAAACAGCAGCGAGGGCUCUGAGUGAGAACUGAAGUUUGGUUUCCCACUGGGAGCAGUGGAUGAGUUAAGCUGGAAAAGGAUUUAAAAGUAACACCACCCUCCCCUCCUUUUUUUUUUUUAAAGAAGACAUAUUGCAACUUUUCAAUGUAUUCUUUUGCAAUGAUUUGUAACCUGCUUCUCUGCUUCCCUACGCAGCAAGUGAAAGUUUUAGCCGGAAUUUAUUUGCAGUUGUAUAGUAGCAGUAGUUUGGAGUCUUAUGGGUGUUUUUAUUACCUUUUUUUUUUUUUUCCUUUUUCCUCCUGCAGGUCAGUAAAAGGAUUUUAUGUUGCACUGACAAAAAUACCAAAAUGAAAACUUAUUUUUUAGUUUCCUUUUAGGAUAGCUGGCACUGCUGGCCGGAUGCAUUUUAAGUUUGUAUUAGUUUAUAAAUUAACAGUAAUAACAAGGUUGUAAUGAACAGCAUGGUGCUUGCAGUUUUAAAUAUUGUGGAUAUUAGUCAUGCAUCAGAAAACGAUCUUUGGUUUUUACUGAUUCAACUGUGUUGAAAUCAAAACAUUGCAGCAGCGGAGAAAAAAAAAAUUGUUUUUAUUUCAUGUAAAGUUCUGAAGGGAUCAAUUUCAAAUCCUGCUUAUGAUAUGAAAAAAUAUUAAAAAAAAACCAACUGGUCUAUUGUAGUUUUAUUCAGACUGGUUUCUGUUUUUUGGUUAUUAAAAUUGUUUCCUAUUUUGCUUAUUAAAAUCAUUGAAAUGGCAUUUCUUGAAGGGACCUGCUUCUCUGACGUCUCAAGUUGCCCCCUCCAACACUUCCAAAGAAAGGCAGGUUUCAGGACCUUCCGCACCCUCGCAGUGCUGUCCAGCCCGGCCCCGCUCCGAGCGCCCAGCGCCGGGCUCUGCUCGGGGGAUCGCAAGGCUGCUUUGCCCGCUCGGCACC